GGCGGCGGCCCUGCCCGGCUUCCGCGUCACGGCCCUUAAAGCACCUGCCCGCCUGUCGCGGCUACGAAGGUGUAGUCGGAGCUCGGGACUCGGCUCCAUGGACGCUCUACGGGCUGCGUCCGUCACUCGGAGGGGAACUGUGAUGGACGCCUUCCAAGAAUCUGAGAUAUGAGUGACCCCUGGGGAAAGAAGCCUGUCCGAGAAGCCAGUCCCACCAUGAGUCUGUGGGAUCUUGAGGACAGCCAUAGCUGCCGGGGUCGCCCACAGCCAGCCCAGGACCCUGAGGCUAAAGAAGCCUCUGCUGAGUUGCAGAUGAAGGUGGACUUCUUUCGGAAGCUGGGCUACUCAUCCUCCGAGAUCCACAGUGUCCUGCAGAAGCUGGGGGUCCAAGCAGAUACCAACACGGUGCUGGGGGAGCUGGUGAAGCAUGGUUCAGCUACUGAGCGGGAGUGCCAGGCCUCCACAGACCCCUGCCCCCAGCUCCCUCUGGUGCCCAGGGGCGGAAGCACCCCCAAACCUUCCUCUCUAGAACCUUCACUCCCAGAGGAGGACAAGGAGGGCAGUGACCUGAGGCCCGUGGUCAUCGAUGGAAGCAAUGUGGCCAUGAGUCACGGGAACAAGGAAGUCUUCUCUUGUCGGGGCAUUCUGCUGGCUGUGAACUGGUUUCUGGAGCGGGGCCACACAGACAUCACCGUGUUUGUACCAUCAUGGAGGAAGGAACAGCCUCGGCCAGAUGUGCCCAUCACAGACCAGCACAUUCUGCGGGAACUAGAGAAAAAGAAGAUCCUGGUGUUCACACCAUCUCGGCGUGUAGGUGGCAAGCGUGUGGUGUGCUAUGACGACCGCUUCAUUGUGAAGCUGGCCUAUGAAUCCGACGGGGUGGUAGUCUCCAAUGACACAUACCGGGACCUCCAAGGCGAGAGGCAGGAGUGGAAGCGCUUCAUCGAGGAGCGGCUACUCAUGUACUCUUUCGUCAAUGACAAGUUCAUGCCCCCUGAUGACCCUUUGGGACGGCAUGGGCCUAGCCUGGACAACUUCCUGCGUAAGAGGUCACUGCCUUCUGAACACAGGAAGCAGCCAUGUCCCUAUGGGAGGAAGUGUACCUAUGGAAUCAAGUGCCGGUUCUUCCACCCUGAGCGGCCGAGCCGCCCCCAGCGCUCCGUGGCUGAUGAGCUCCGUGCUAAUGCCCUCCUCUCACCCCCCAGGACCCCAGUGAAGGACAAAAGUGGCCAGAGGCCUUCCCCUGCCUCUCAGCCCCGCUCUGUUUCUCCAGAAGCUGAGCAGAGAAGCCUAGAUGGGAAAAAACUGGGGGCCAGAUCAUCCCCGGGCCCCCACCAAGAAGGCUCCACACAGACCUUUACUACGGCUGGCAGGAGCCUCCCUGUUAGUGGGGGCAGCUUUGGGCCCACGGAGUGGCUCCCGCACACCCUGGAUUCACUGCCAUACACCUCCCAGGAGUGCCUUGAUUCAGGCAUUGGCUCCCUGGAGAGCCAGAUGUCGGAACUGUGGGGGGUGCGAGGAGGCAGCCCUGGGGAGUCGGGCUCUACUCGGGGUCCUUAUGCUGGGUAUCACGCCUAUGGGUCUGAGCUCCCAGCAGCAUCUGCCUUUGCUCCCUUUAGACAGCCCAUGGGUGCUGGCCAUUUCAGUGUGCCCACCGACUAUGUGCCCCAGCUACCCACCUUUCCAGCCAGAGAGUACUGGUCUGAACCGUACCCUUUGCCCUCACCUACCCCAGUCCUUCCAGAGCCCCAGAGGCCCAGCCCAGGGGCUAGUGGGGCCCCCUGGGGCAGGGUGAGCGAAAGGGCCAAAGAAAGGGCUGGUGUGUACACCAAGUUGUGUGGCGUCUUCCCCCCACACCUGGUAGAAGCUGUAAUGGGGCGCUUCCCACAGCUCCUGGACCCCCAGCAGCUGGCCGCUGAGAUCCUUUCUUACAAGUCCCAGCACCUCAGUAAGUAAGCCAGGAGGUGGCUCAAGGGGCUGUCAGGCAUCAUAGAUCGGUCCCCAGCCCCUGGCCUACCUUGGAAGAGGGACGAAUGGAGCUGGCAAGAGAAUCCUCAAACCAAAGAUCCCAUAGGAUUGGUUCUGGCCCUGUGGCACCUCUAUCUAUCCCGCAUGGGUCAGAAGCGAUCACCCUGUUGAUACACAUUGUAUCUCUGUCAUUUAAGGAGACGUUGCCGGUCAGGCCGUCCAUCCGUGGCUGAUGCCCAAACCCUCUUUUUUCUCAGAGGGCGGGGAGGGAGGCCUAGGGGAGCAGAGGCCUGAACUAGACCCCACCCUCCACCCUGUCCCUGGGACGCCGGCACCGCCGGCAAGUUGGGCACCAUGUGCCUGCCCUCCGAGGCCCCCCUCAAGCCAAUGCGGCUUCAUCCCUUUUCACAGGGCAUGAGGCUUCAUGUUAGUAAGCAAGAUGCUUCUUAUAACCCACCCGCCCGCUCUGUCCACCUACCCCGUCACCCCACCAGGGCCCUAAGGCCCUCUGUCCCUACACCUGUUACCUUUCCCCAUGGGUGGGAGGACACAUGUAUGCUGUGUACAGAUACAAAAUUGAAAUAUUUUAAGUGGAAAGAAUGACAAAAAUAAAGGAUAUUGUGAGUCCUUGA